AUGUCAGACCUGCAUAAAUCCCAGGGCGCCUCUGGCAAACGGACAGCAGUACUGUCCAAUGAAGCCAGGAAAGAGAUGGCCAAGCAAGCAAAAGCUGCCAAGGAUGAGCGCCGCUCUAUGUUGGAUGCCCGACAUAAAUAUCUCAUUGCCAAGCUGGCUGAUGGUGUUAACUUGGGAGAGGCAGAGGUUGAGGAGGUACUCAUUUCUGAUGACAAGUUCAACCUGAUUGAAGAAUUCUUUGCACCAAAUGGAUCAAAGAGAUUGCUUUUCUUCUACCAAGAAGUAAAGUCGCGCCACUCCACCCACCUGUCGUGGUCAGAUGCGGCCAACUGUGCCCUGGGGCAGAAGAAGCUUUUUGUUACCACUGGGUCUGCUGAGGGAUUACUUGGAACAUGUUUGUUUUUCCUGAGAACCACAGAGAAGGGCAUAACUACUGCAAAUGUUUCUCAGGAGGUGAAUUUUGGAAUGCUUGACUGCUCCAAGGGGAAUAUCCUGCAGAGUUUAGAAAAGUUGCUUUCUCAAGUAAUGCUGCCUGCACUCAAGUCUCAAGAGAACUGGGGUGCAGUGAAAGACGGGCUGAAGAGUGUUCAGAUUCAGGACUUCCUCACUUCAGUGGAUAAGUUUGUCUGCAGCCUAUCUUCAGCCAGGAAGAAUAUGGAGGGGAAAUUUGAGCUACAGCCGAUGGAGACUGUGCAUAACCUGGAUAACCUGCUCGGCCCUUCGGACUACACCACUGCAGCGGGUAACUCUGAGCUGGUAGAGACACUGGAGGGGGUCCUCCUGCACUGGGCCCAUCAGAUCGAGCAGGUCCUCACAGAGAGUGAGCAGAUGAGGAAGGAGGCUGAUGACAUCGGGCCCUCAGCUGAGCUGGAGCACUGGAAAAGCAGAAUGGCCACUUUUAACAGCCUUUUGGAUGAGAUUAAAAGUCCUCAUGUGAAGAAGGUCAUGGGAGUACUACAGGUUGCCAAGUCCAGGACAUUGAGGAGGUGGAAAGAGCUGGAUGGAAAUAUCACCAAUGCAGCUAAUGAGGCAAAAGACAAUGUGAAGUACCUCUACACACUGGAGAAGUUUUUCAGUCCACUUGGAAAAUGUACACCAACGAAUAUGCUGGAGCACAUCCCAAGACUGAUGAACAGCAUACGAAUGAUUCACAGCAUCUCCCAGUACUAUAAUACCUCUGAGCGCAUGACUUCACUCUUUGUCAAGAUUACCAACCAAAUGAUCAGCACCUGCAAGGCCUACCUCUGCAAGGAUGUAACAAAGGUCUGGGACCAUGACAGACAUGAGUUGCUGAACAGGAUUAAAGAAUGUUCUCAGCUGAACCAUGAAUACCAGCUCUGCUUCCAGCGAGUCCGGGAGAAGCUCCGUGAAAACCCAAAUGACAAGCAGUUUGAAUUCAGUGAGAAUUACAUCUUUGGAAAAUUUGACACAUUUUGUAAGCGUCUGGAGAAGAUUGCAGAGAUGACCUCCACCAUGGAGAACCUCUCUGCUCUGCAACACCUGAAGAUUGAGGGCAUUGAGAAGAUCUAUGUUCGCUACACUACCAUAGCGACCAGCACCAAGUCUAAGACAUAUGAUGUGCUUGACCACCGCAAACUGGAGUUUGACAAUGACUACACAGAGUUCAACUACCAGGUCCAAGGACUGUACCAGUCGCUACAGACACUGCUUGACACUUGGUUUGAACAGACACUAACUACUGAAAGAAUGCUGGAUCUACUGGUCCGAUUUGAGAAUGUGGCUCAUGGUCAGCUGGACCUGACGGAGAAGUACAUGACAAUGUUGCAGCGCUACAGCAGAGAUCUUGAGCUGGUGCGAAAGCUAUAUCAGAAACAGAGGGACAAUCCCACUACCCCUCGAAAUAUGCCCCCCGUUGCUGGGAAGAUAAUGUGGUCUCGUCAACUCUUCAGAAAGAUUGAAUCACCCAUGAAGGUCCUGAAAAAUAAAAUGGAUAUACUAAAGAUCCCUGAGAUGAAGAAAAUCAUUAGUAGCUAUAACAAGAUGGCAGCAGUGCUAAUGGAGUAUGAGCUGCUGUACCACCGUGGCUGGUGCCAGGCAGUAGAAAUGGGACGGCUUGCCCUGAAUGCCUCGCUGCUCAUCAGACAUCCAGAAACCAAGGACCUGUACGUUAAUCUAGACCCACUUGUUCCUGAGUUGCUACAUGAAGCCAAGUACAUGCACAAGUUGGGCUUUGAGGUUCCAGAUGUGAUUCUAAACAUGUGCUCCAAUGAAGUUCAGCUGAAGGCUCUACAUGUCAAACUACAGGAGAUGCUGCAAGAGUUUCAGGAGGUCCACAACAGGAUCCCUGCUCUCCUCCAGCCUCUUAUGCAGCCCUUCAUCAGCCACAUUGAGGAUGCCCUCUCUCCUGGACUGACCGUGCUCUCUUGGACCUCUCUCAAUACAGAAAGAUUCUUGGAGAACGUGUACAGUGCACUACAGGAGCUGGAGCAGGUCGGAAAGGUGGCCAGGGAUACUCUGGAGUGUCGCAUUGAGAGAGCCUUACAGAUGAUGUCGUCUACACCGCUGUUGGUGUUGCCUGAGGAAGAGCCCAUCCAGGUCCACGAUUUCCAGAGGCAGGCCGAAAGCACUGUGAGAAGCGCUGGGCAGACUCUCAGCAUUCAAAGCAAGCAGGUGGAGAGAUCCAUGUAUGAGAUGAUCGAAGACCUCAAGAGGAAGAUGAAACCAGCAGAAACUGUAAACCUGGAGGGCUCUUUCCAGUGCCUGCACCCUGAUGCCAAGCAGAAGACGCGAUGCCAGGCCUGCCUUCCCUGCAGAUUCUACACAGUGAUGGGGCAGCUAUGCCAAAGGAACACUGAUGCCCUGGUUAAAGCUACAAAGUUGUCACUGGACUCCCUAAGGCGACGGCUCCAUAAUGCCAGCUCAAAGUAUAAGGCAUCCUCCCAGCUAAACCGGCCAACCACCCAGACCCCCCUCUUCAGGGCUACUAUCCAGCUGGCCAUUCCCAACAUUGUCAUGAGACCUAGCCUCGAGGACAUUCAGAGUAUUCUGAACAGAGUUGUGAGCACAACACUAUCCAUGGCAAAGGACAUUCCACUGUGGACAUUUUCCCAUCUUCAUCACAAACAGCUGCAGGCAGAACAGCUGGCAGUGAGGGACGCAGGAGAUGACAGCCUUCCAACCAAGCAGAUUGUGCUAAAGCCACUUGACAGGCAGCUGAGCGAGCACAAGGAUGUCACCAAAGCUGUUGUCCAGCUGGGCUCUAUUGUCUCAUCACUUAAGGCCGAUGCUGGCGAUGUACUGGAUGAAUUUUCUCAUUUCUCCACGCUCUGGAACCAGGAUCCAGACAAGCAGGUGAAAGAGUUCCUGGAAACCAGCCCAUCACUACCAGAGUUUAGUUCUCAGAUCAGCUCUUACUCUAAACUGGAGGCCCAGAUUGAGGACCUGCUUGCUUCGUGCACUGUGGGCUCAGUCCAAUUCGACACCGAACUUCUCAAGAUCUCUCUGACCCAGGAGUGCCGUGCAUGGAAGCGUGCAUUCGGGGCAGCACUUAACCGGCAGGCCUUGGUUGACAUGGCUGAGAUCUACUCUUUUGUUGACGGCAUCAGCAAGCGGCUGCAGCGUCCCAUUAAAGACCUAGAAGAUGUGAGAGGGGCCAUGGCAGCUCUUCGGGAGGUGCGUGAGGCGGAGAUCAGGAUUGACAGGACCAUUGGCCCUGUGGAGGAAUCCUUUGCUCUGCUUAACCGUCAUGAGUUGUCCUUCAGUGACGGGAAUGCUGAGAAGGUGGACGGUCUGGCAUAUGCCUGGAAGAACUUGAACACGCUGGUAAUGCAAACCCAGAAUACACUGGUGAGCAUUCAGCCCACGAUGAAGGCAGACUUGCUGGCUGGUGUGGAGACUUUUCAAACAUCUGUGCGGAUCUUUUAUUCUGAUUAUGAUGAACGUGGCCCUGGGGUAGAGGGUGUGGCUCCGCGUGAAGCCAGUGAUCGGCUGCAGACUUUCCAGGCCCAAUUUGAUGAACUGUGGAGGAAGUACAUCACAUAUUCUGGAGGAGAGGAGCUCUUUGGACUCACUGUGAAAGAGUAUCCUGACCUUCAGAGAAUCAAGCGUGAGCUCUCUAUUCUGUCUAAGCUUUACAACCUCUACAACUCUGUCAUCGAAAGUGUCAGUGGCUACUAUGACAUACAGUGGUGCGAGCUUGACAUAGAGAAGGUCAACAAUGAACUUCAGGAUUUCCAGAAUCGAAUCCGGAAGCUCCCCAAAGCCCUGAAGGAAUGGCAGGCAUUCAACGAUUUGAAGAAGACGAUUGAUGACUUCAGUGAGACCUGUCCCCUCCUGGACAUGAUGGCCAACAAGGCGAUGAUGGCUAGACACUGGCAGCGGCUUUCUGAGCUCACAGGACACAGCUUUGAUGUGGACUUGGAGAACUUUGCUCUCAGGAACAUCAUGGAGGCUCCUCUGCUCAAGAACAAAGAGGACAUUGAGGACAUCUGCAUCAGUGCAGUGAAGGAGAAGGACAUUGAGGCCAAGCUAAAGGCCGUGAUUGGAGAGUGGAGUGGCCACAUGUUUACCUUUUCGUCAUUCAAAAGUCGUGGAGAGCUGCUGCUGAAGGGCUCCGACACAGCUGAGAAGGUGUCCCUCAUGGAGGAUAGUUUGAUGGUGCUGGCCUCUCUCAUGAGCAACAGGUAUAAUGCACCGUUCAAGCCAUCUAUUCAGCAUUGGGUUCAGAAGCUGUCCAACACUACGGAGAUCAUUGAGAAGUGGCUGACUGUACAGAACCUGUGGAUCUACCUUGAGGCUGUGUUUGUGGGAGGAGACAUUGCCAAGCAGCUUCCCCAGGAGGCUAAAAGAUUCCAGAACAUUGACAAGUCAUGGCAAAAGAUCAUGCAACGAGCCCACGAGAUUCCCAACAUGGUACAGUGCUGUGUGGGGGAUGAAACCCUGGCACAGCUUUUGCCUCAUCUACUGGAGCAGCUGGAGGUCUGCCAGAAGUCCCUCACAGGAUAUCUAGAGAAAAAGAGGCUGGUGUUUCCUCGUUUUUUCUUCGUCUCAGAUCCUGCCCUGCUUGAGAUCCUGGGCCAGGCCUCUGAUUCCCACACAAUCCAGGCUCAUCUGCUGAGUCUCUUUGACAAUGUGAACCGGGUUGGUUUUCAUGACAAGAACUAUGAUCAGAUUCUCAACUUCCAGUCCCAGGAAGGGGAGACUGUGGAUCUGAUAGAACCAGUUCUAGCACAGGGCAAUGUGGAGGCAUGGCUUGGAUUGUUGCUUGAAGGGGUGAGGAAGACCCUCCACAGCAUUAUUCGGCAGGCCUUCAUUGCCAUCGGUGACUCAGGACUCAAGCUGGUUGAGUUUCAGUCCGUGUUCCCAGCCCAGGUUGGCCUGCUUGGCAUUCAGAUGAUCUGGACCAGGGACUCUGAGGAGGCUCUCAGUGUGGCCAAGGUGGACAAAAAGGUCAUGCACACCACCAAUCAGAAGUUCUUAGACAUCCUGAAUGAACUGAUUGACAUGACGACUCGGGACUUGAGCAAGCUUGAACGGACAAAGUAUGAGACCCUGAUCACAAUCCAUGUGCAUCAGAAAGACAUUUUUGAUGACCUGGUACGUAUGAACAUUCGCUCAACGGCUGACUUUGAGUGGCAGAAGCAGUCCCGCUUCUACUUCAUCGAGGAUGUUGACAGAUGUGUCAUCCAGAUCACAGAUGUGGAGUUCAGCUACUGCAAUGAGUACCUGGGCUGUACUGACAGAUUGGUCAUUACUCCUUUGACUGACAGGUGCUACAUCACUCUGUCCCAGGCCCUAGGGAUGAGUAUGGGAGGUGCACCUGCAGGACCUGCUGGCACCGGCAAGACAGAGACUACUAAGGACAUGGGCCGCUGUCUGGGCAAAUAUGUUGUGGUCUUCAAUUGCUCUGACCAGAUGGACUACCGGGGCCUGGGGCGCAUCUACAAAGGUUUGGCGCAGGCUGGUGCAUGGGGCUGCUUUGAUGAAUUCAACCGAAUUGAGCUGCCGGUACUGUCUGUGGCUGCACAACAGAUUUACAUUGUGCUGCAGUGUAAGAAAAACAAGAAGGCCCAGUUUGUGUUUACAGACGGGGAUAUUGUGGACAUGGACCGGGAAUUUGGGAUCUUCUUGACAAUGAACCCAGGCUACGCAGGUCGGCAAGAGCUGCCAGAGAAUCUGAAAAUCCAGUUUCGCACAGUGGCCAUGAUGGUCCCAGAUAGGGCCAUCAUCAUGAGGGUGAAGUUAGCUAGUGCUGGCUUCCGUGACAACCAGGUGCUGAGCCGCAAGUUCUACACUCUAUACAAGCUAUGUGAGGAACAGCUGUCUAAGCAGGUUCAUUAUGACUUUGGUCUGCGGAACAUCCUUUCUGUGUUGAGAACAUUGGGGGCAGUGAAGAGAUCCAAUCCCACUGAGCUGGAGAAGACAGUGGUGAUGAGGGUCCUGCGAGACAUGAACCUCUCCAAAUUGGUGGAUGAGGAUGAGCCGCUUUUUAUGAGUUUGAUCAAUGACCUGUUUCCUGGCAUCACCCUGGAUAAGGCUGGCUACCCUGACUUGGAGGCUGCCAUACAGAAGCAGACAGAGGGUGCUGGGCUCAUUGCCCACCAGCCCUGGGUGCUGAAGCUGGUGCAGCUCUAUGAGACCCAGCGCGUCCGACAUGGCAUGAUGACGCUGGGACCCAGUGGAGCCGGGAAAACCACCUGCAUCCACACACUAAUGAAAGCCAUGACAGACUGUGGUGUUCCACACAAGGAGAUGAGGAUGAACCCCAAGGCCAUCACUGCCUCCCAAAUGUUUGGCACACUGGAUGUGGCCACCAAUGAUUGGACAGAUGGGGUGUUCUCCACUCUGUGGAGGAAGACUCUGAAGGCAAAGAAGGGGGAGCACAUAUGGAUUGUGUUGGAUGGUCCAGUGGAUGCCAUUUGGAUUGAGAACCUGAACUCAGUCCUGGACGACAACAAGACCCUCACCCUGGCCAAUGGGGACCGGAUCCCCAUGGCACCCAACUGCAAAGUGGUUUUUGAGCCACACAACAUCGACAAUGCCUCGCCAGCCACUGUUUCUCGUAAUGGCAUGGUGUUCAUGAGCUCUUCUGUUUUGGACUGGCAGCCAAUCCUUCGAGCAUGGCUACAGACGCUGCCCUCAUCACAUUCUGACACACUUUGGACCUGCUUCAGCAGCAUCUUCCAGGAUUUAAUUAACUUUGUUUCCACUACUGUGUCUCCAAAAAUGAACAUUCUGGAGUGCAUGUACAUCAAACAGGCCAUUGAUAUUUUGCAAGGCUUGCUGCCCUCAGUGGAAGAGAAGCAAACAGCCCGGCAGCAUGUGGCCCGACUCUUUGUGUUUGCGGUCAUGUGGUCAGUGGGUGCCCUGCUGGAGCUGGAGGACCGUGCCAAAAUGGAGGACUUCCUCUGCACCCACUCUGCACCUCUGGAGCUCCCUCAGACUAAGGGGGAUGAGACCAUCUUUGAGUUUCUGGUGAAUGAGGCCGGGGAGUGGGACCACUGGUCUAAGAAGGUGCCGGUAUAUAUAUAUCCCAAAGAUUCAAUACCUGACUAUUCCUCCCUCCUGGUGCCCAAUGUGGACAAUGUUCGGACAGACUUCCUAAUGCAGACAAUCAUGAAGCAAGGCAAAGCCGUGCUUCUCAUUGGCGAGCAAGGCACAGCCAAGACGGUCAUGAUCAAGGGCUACACAAGUAAAUAUGACCUUGAGACACACUCGACUAAAAGCCUGAACUUCUCCUCGGCCACCCUGCCUAACAUGUUCCAGAGGACCAUUGAAAGCUACAUUGACAAAAGGAUGGGUACCACAUAUGGGCCACCUGCAGGCAAGAAGAUGACAGUUUUUGUUGAUGACAUCAACAUGCCUGUGAUCAAUGAAUGGGGUGAUCAGAUCACAAAUGAGAUUGUUCGGCAACUCAUGGAGCAGAGAGGUUUCUACAACCUAGAUCGGCCUGGGGAGUUCACUAGUGUGGUUGAUGUGCAGCUCACCGCUGCCAUGAUUCACCCAGGAGGAGGCCGCAAUGACAUUCCUCAGCGUCUCAAGAGGCAGUUUAGUGUCUUUAAUUGCACCCUGCCUUCCAACUCCUCCAUUGACAAGAUCUUCCAGACCGUGGCCCAAGGCUACUUCUGCACUGAGCGGGGCUUCCCAGCAGAGGUGUGUGCACUAGCCAGUGCUCUCGUUCCCACUACAAGGAAGCUGUGGCAGGCCAUCAAAGUCAAGAUGCUGCCAACACCUGCAAAGUUUCACUACAUCUUCAACUUACGGGACCUGAGCCGAAUCUGGCAGGGUAUCCUCACAGUGACAGCAGAGGUGUGCAAAACCCCAGAGGUCCUUUUGGCCCUCUUCCGCCAUGAGUGUUCCCGUGUCAUUGCAGACCGCUUCACAAACCUCACAGAUAAAGAUUGGUUUGAGACAACAUUUGAGAAGAUUACCACAGAGGACCAUGGAGCAGCCUUAAUAGAUAAUGCCCCUAAAGAUACCUACUUUGUGGACUUCCUGAGGGAUGCCCCAGAGGUAACAGGGGAUGAGCCUGAAGAUGCAGACCUUGAGGCCCCAAAGAUCUAUGAGCCCAUUCCAUCCCUUGAGGCCUUGUCAGAACGCCUGGCCCAGUUCCUUCAGCAGUACAACGAGACAGUGCGAGGCAGCCCGAUGGAUCUGGUCUUCUUCACGGAUGCCAUGAUCCACCUGGUGAAGAUCUCACGCAUCAUCUGCACACCUCUAGGAAAUGCCCUGUUGGUGGGGGUAGGUGGUUCAGGGAAACAGAGUCUUACCCGACUGGCCUCCUUCAUUGCUGGGUAUCAGAUCUUCCAGAUCACACUGACAAGAACAUACAAUAUCAGCAAUCUCAUGGAUGACCUGAAGCUCCUGUAUCGCACUGCUGGUCAGAAAGGGAAAGGUGUGACCUUCAUCUUCACCGACAAUGAGAUCAAAGAUGAGUCCUUCUUGGAGUACAUGAACAAUGUGUUGGCCUCUGGUGAGGUCUCCAACCUCUUUGCCCGAGACGAGGUGGACGAGAUCACUCAGGAGCUGAUUCCCAUCAUGAAGCGGGAGCACCCACGCAGGCCACCCACCGCUGAGAACCUGUAUGACUACUUCUUGUCCCGUGUGCGCAGCAACCUGCACGUGGUUCUAUGUUUCUCUCCGGUUGGAGAGAAGUUCCGCACCCGGGCACUCAAGUUCCCAGGCCUUAUCUCAGGCUGCACCAUGGACUGGUUCCAGCGCUGGCCACGGGAUGCCCUUGUAGCUGUAGCCCAGCACUUUCUGGCUCAAUAUCACAUUGAAUGUUCUGAGGAGAUCAAAACCAGUAUGGUGGGCACUAUGGGGACAUUCCAGGACCUGGUUGCGGAGAUGUGUGUGGAGUACUUUGAACGCUUUCGCCGCCAAACCUAUGUCACUCCUAAGUCCUACCUGUCAUUUAUAGAGGGCUACAAGAUCAUUUACACUGAAAAGAUUGCACAUGUCGGAAUGCUUGCAGACCGUAUGAAAACAGGCUUGGCAAAACUUAUGGAGGCAGAGGUUUCGGUCAACCAGCUGUCCCAGGAACUGGCAGUCAAGGAGAAGGAUCUUGAGGUUGCAUCCAGGAAGGCAGAUUGUGUCCUACAGGAAGUGACGGUCAAGGCUCAAGCAGCUGAGCAGGUCAAGACGCAAGUACAGAAGGUGAAGGACAAAGCCCAGGCCAUUGUGGAUGAAAUUGAGGCCGACAAAUCAGUAGCAGAAUCCAAGCUGGAAGCAGCAAAGCCUGCUCUGGCUGCAGCUGAGGCUGCAUUACAAACUAUCAAGCCUUCCGACAUUGCCACGGUGAGGAAGCUUGGCAAGCCACCCCACCUGAUCAUGCGCAUCAUGGACUGUGUGCUGAUACUGUUCCAGCGCAAAGUGGACUCAAUCACCAUGGACCCAGAUCGGCCCUGCAUGCGGCCCUCCUGGUCCGAGGCCCAGAAGCUCAUGAACAACUCAGCCUUCCUCAGCAUGUUACUCAGCUUUCAGAAGGAUUCUAUCACAGAAGAAGUUGUUGAGCUUCUCACACCUUAUUUGGACAUGGAGGAUUACAAUUUGGAGACAGCCAAAAGAAUCUGUGGUAAUGUGGCUGGCCUUUGCUCCUGGACAGAGGCAAUGGUAGACUUCUUCAGCAUCAACAAAGAGGUCUUACCUCUAAAGGCUAACCUGACGCUUCAGGAAGCACGUUUGGCAGUGGCACAGGCAGAGCUCUCCCAGGCCCAAGAGCAGCUAGAUGCCAAGCAGAAGGAGUUGGAUGAGGUGCAGGCACUCUAUGAUGGCGCCAUGAGGGAGAAGCAGGCACUUCUGGAUGAUGCCCAGGCAUGCCGACGCAAGAUGACCAAUGCCACCGCGCUUAUUGAGGGACUCGGUGGGGAGAAGACGCGCUGGACGGAGAGCAGUGCUCUCUUCCAAAAUCAGAUCAAACGCCUUGUUGGAGAUGUUCUGUUGGCCACUGGUUUCCUGUCCUAUUCUGGCCCCUUCAACCAAGAGUACCGCAACCUACUCCUGCAGCAGUGGAGGAAGGAAAUGACCAACAGCCACAUUCCCUACAGUGAUGACCUUAAUGUGAUCAGCAUGCUGGUAGACAAUGCUACCAUUGGGGAGUGGAACCUACAGGGCCUGCCCAAUGAUGACCUCUCCGUCCAGAAUGGCAUCAUUGUCACCAAGGCCUCACGCUACCCCCUUCUUAUUGACCCUCAAGGCCAGGGCAAGAUCUGGAUCAAAAACAAGGAAAAGGACCAAGAUUUGCAGGUCACAUCUCUCAACCACAAGUACUUCCGGACACAUCUUGAAGACUGUCUUUCUCUUGGGCGCCCACUGUUGAUUGAAGAUGUGGGAGAGGAGCUGGAUCCAGCCUUGGAUAACAUCCUGGAGAAGAAUUUCAUAAAAACUGGAUCCACAUAUAAAGUCAAAGUGGGGGACAAAGAGGCAGAUGUGAUGAAAGGUUUCACCCUUUACAUCACCACCAAGCUGGCCAACCCUGCGUACACUCCAGAAAUUAAUGCAAAGACAGCAGUUAUUGACUUCACUGUCACCAUGAAGGGGCUGGAGGACCAGUUGCUGGGUCGAGUCAUCCUCAUUGAGAAACAGGAAUUGGAGUCUGAGCGUGUGAAGCUUUUGGAAGAGGUGACGCUGAACAAGAGGAAGAUGCAGGAGCUGGAAGAUAAUCUCCUAUAUCGACUGACCAGCACCCAGGGCUCCUUGGUGGAAGAUGAGUCCCUGAUUGAAGUACUUAGGGUCACCAAGACAACAGCUGAAGAGGUGAGUGAGAAACUUACAGUUGCCGCCGAGACAGAGGCUAAAAUCAACUUGGCAAGAGAGGAGUACCGGCCAGUGGCCACACGGGGCAGCAUCCUGUAUUUCCUGAUUGUGGAGAUGAGCUUGGUCAACCUCAUGUACCAGACAUCAUUGCGACAGUUCUUGGGCAUUUUUGACACUUCUAUGAAUAGAUCUGCAAAGUCCCAAAUCACCUCCAAGAGAAUAGGAAAUAUCAUUGAGUUUCUCACCUAUGAGGUUUUCCGAUACACUGCAAGGAGCCUCUAUGAGGACCACAAAUUCCUCUUUACAAUACUGCUGGCUCUGAAGGUGGAUCUGCAAGCAAAAAACAUCUCCCACAAUGAUUUUCAGACCCUCAUUAAAGGCGGGGCCUCACUUGACCUGAACUCUGUGGAGCCAAAGCCCAGGAGGUGGAUCCUGGAUAUGACUUGGCUAAACUUGGUACAGCUGUCAAGUCUGUAUCCAUUCACCCAGCUUCUGGGACAGGUGGCCCGCAAUGAUCGCAGUUGGAAGGCCUGGUUUGAUGAAGAGACCCCGGAGGAGGCUACAAUCCCUGACGGGUAUGACAGCCUACUGGAUACAUUCCGAAAGCUACUACUGAUCCGCAGCUGGUGCCCUGACCGCACAAUUGCUCAGGCCCGACACUACAUCGCUGAGUCACUAGGGAGCAGAUAUGCUGAGGGUGUCAUACUGGAUAUGGAGGCCAUGUUGGCAGAGAGUGACAAAAGGACCCCCCUGAUCUGUUUCCUGUCCAUGGGCUCUGACCCCACAGAAAACAUAGAGAGGUUGGCCAAAAUAAAGAGCACACCAUGUAGGGCCAUCUCCAUGGGGCAGGGCCAGGAGGUGCAUGCCCGCCGGCUGCUGUCUCAGAGCAUGGCUGAUGGAGGCUGGCUGCUACUGCAGAACUGUCAUCUGGGGCUGGACUUCCUGGAUGAGCUGCUAGACACUGUCACAGUGUGUGAGAGCAUGCACGAUGGAUUCAGGGUGUGGGUCACCACUGAGGUGCACCCAAAAUUUCCUAUCAACUUGCUGCAGUCCUCUAUCAAAUUCACCAAUGAGCCUCCUCAAGGUGUGAAAGCUGGGCUGAAGAGGACAUACAAUAGCGUGACCCAGGAGCAGCUGGAUAUCAGCAACCUGCCACAAUGGAAACCCUUGCUGUUUGCUGUGGCUUUUCUCCACACCACUGUACAGGAAAGGCGAAAAUUUGGCCCUUUGGGUUGGAACAUUCCAUAUGAAUUCAACCAGGCAGACUUCACAUCCAGUGUGCAGUUUGUUCAGAACCACCUUGAUGAGAUGGAUGUAAAGAGGGGGGUGAAUUGGAGCUGCCUGCGAUACAUGCUGGGUGAGGUGCAGUAUGGAGGCCGCGUGACAGACGACCGGGACAAGCACCUGCUCAACACCUUUGCCACGGUCUGGUUUAGUGAAAGCAUGUUCGGUGACCAUUUCUGCUUCUACAAGGGCUAUGCCAUCCCCAAGGGAAAAAGUUUACAGGAUUACCUGCAGCAUAUUGACACCCUGCCUCUUGUGGACUCUCCAGAGGUUUUUGGGCUCCAUCCAAAUGCUGACAUCACCUAUCAGACCAACAUGGCCAAUGAGACACUGAGCACCAUUGUCAACAUUCAGCCCAAGGACAGUGGAAGUGGGGGAGGGGAGACCCGCGAGGCUACAGUACUGAGGUUGGCAGAUGAGAUGCUGGAGAAACUACCCCCUGACUACAUACCUCAUGAGGUGAAAGCCCGUCUUCAGAAGAUGGGACUUUUCCAGCCCAUGAAUAUAUUCCUACGACAGGAGAUUGACCGUAUGCAGCGCAUCAUCGGACGGGUCCGCAGUACCCUCACCGACCUCAAACUUGCCAUCGACGGCACCAUCAUCAUGUCUGAAGACUUGAGGGAUGCCCUAGACAACAUGUAUGAUGCCCGCAUCCCCAAGCUGUGGCACAAGAUCUCCUGGGAUUCAGCCACUCUGGGCUUCUGGUUCACAGAGCUGCUAGAGAGAAACCAGCAGUUCCACACCUGGCUUUUCAAUGGGAGACCCAACCAGUUCUGGUUAACUGGCUUCUUUAAUCCCCAAGGUUUCUUGACAGCCAUGCGCCAAGAGACCACACGGAUGAACCUGUCCAAAGGCUGGGCUCUUGACACUGUGAUCCUGCACAAUGAUGUCACCAGAAUGAUGAGGGAGGAUGUGAUAGGGCCCCCACCAGCAGAUAUAGGUGGAGUCUACAUCUAUGGGCUGUUUCUGGAUGGUGCCGGGUGGGACCGGCGAAACGCUAAACUCACAGAGUCAUCUCCCAAGGUGCUGUUCACAUCCCUCCCAGUGGUCCACGUCUAUGCCAUCAGCACCUCCUCACCUCCCGAUCCCAAACGUCAACAGCAGGGUAUUAGCUUGUACACCUGCCCUGUUUACAAGAAACCCAGACGCACUGACCUCACCUAUAUCUUUUCCCUGUUCCUUCGCACAUCACAGGUGCCUGAGCACUGGACCCUGCGGGGUGUUGCUUUGCUCUGCGACUCCAAAUGAGACCUGACACCCAAAGCAUUGCUGCUGUCAUAUUCCAUAUGCAUAUUCUUCUUUUGUGUUAAGGAUCCUUUGAGAAUCCAAUUUUAGAAUGUUUUUUUCAGCUAUAUAAUUAUAUUUACCACUAUAGCAGUCUAUUAAGAAUUAAUAGUUUUCUUUCAUUCAAGCACUUUUCUAGACACAGAGAUGAGAUACUAUACAUCUUUAAAUGACAGCUUCGGUCAUUCCAUUUUGUUUUAUUGUCUAAUUAACUGAACAAUUCAAAUAAUCAAGCUGGUAAUGGAUGUUUGGACCCACAUUAAUUAUUCAAAUUCAGGCCUACUGCUUAUUUAUUAGCCGACUGAAUAAUACUACAAAUAGUUUGAUAAUGUUUUGACUUAAAUGUUCACCGAUAUAAAACUGGAUCAAGUCACUGAACAUGCCCUCUGCUGAGAGUCAAAGCUGUUUUCACUUUACUCAGAAAUAUUCACAUAGAUGACUGAUUUCUUCCAAGGCCGUGUCUGUUUAGACAUUGCAAAAAUACACAGAAUUUAUAAUUUAACUUAUUUCACAAUUUGACUUAUGUACUGCAUUGGAGAUAUGAAUCAUGGUAUGGUGAUAUCACCUUGGCUUUGUGUUAUUUUAACAGGAAUACAUAGAAUGUCCCUCUCCAUGUUUGAUGGCAUUGCAUGUAUUUAUGCAAAGAUUGUGUUCAAAGAAUUCUGCAUACAGAUAAUGUUAUGUUCUUCAGAAUUUGCCCCGGACUACUAAGUAAUGAUUCAAGAAGUUGUUACCUUUCAUUAAAGUGCACUUUAAGAUAUUAAACAUACCUGUCAAUUUCUAUAUUUCAUUGGACAUUACCAGGACUACAAAAUAUGUUGUUUGUAUGCUGUUUAUUUCUAGUAAUAUUUCUUUCCUCCAGGAAUAAAAACAUAAAACAAAA